UGCUCGUACGUUCCUCCAUGUGAGAGGGACAACCAGAAGAACAAGGACAGUGUUCUGUGGUGGGAGGACUACUGGACUAAAGAGGUCAGCUCCCAAUCCUUCACCUGUUUCUUCAACCAGCAGAGAAGGCCUGACGACGUACUGUGGCGGCGUUCCCACGACGCCAGCGUCCUCCUCCACUGCGUCCUGUGGCCCAUGGUGAGCCUGCUGGUGGGCACCCUCAUCGUCCUUCUCACCGUGUGCGCCCGCAGCCUGGCCGUGCGCGCCGAGGCCAUCCAAAAGAGGAAGUGCUCGUACGAGCCGGCAGGCAACUCAGAGCAGGGCAAGACGCCGCCCAACACCAACACCGCCUCCUUCCGGACCCUGCCGAUGUUCGCUGUUCCUGUCCGACGCAGAGACCGGGAACAGGAACACUAG